AUGGCCUUUUUAGAGCGCUCUAGUCGGUGGCUGACUGCCCUUCAUCGACUGCCAGGACGGUGGGAGUUGAACCCCAGGCCCACAAGGCCAGAUGGGCCUCAGGCUACUUCCUCCAGCUUGCUGGUCCCAGUGCCCAGCCUUGAUAGCUCAGGCUCCUGUGGUGCAGACCCAAACACAAGCAAGGGCCCAAGGACCCAUGGAUGGAAAGAUGCCUUCCAGUGGAAGUCUGCUCAAGCCUCCCCGAACACCCUAUGGAAUGCCUUAUCAUGGGGCACCCUGGCUGUGCUGGCCCUGCAGCUGGCGAGGCAGAUCCACUUCCAGGUAUCCCUGCCAGGAGCACCUCAGCGAGUGGAGUCCUGCUCUUGGCACCGUCCCCUGGAUCGCUUCCUGUCAUCUGUCUUGUGGCACCCGAACUCCGCAGUGCGGAGGCACAUCCUGCCCUACCCCGAGGGCCCAGCCCCCAGGCACUCCAGCCACAGGGACCGCAGGCUGGGCCAGGAAGGGCCCUCAGCUCAGCCCAGCAGGCUCUCCUCACACAGCUCCCUGAGGGCAGCCGGUGCCCAGGAUGCCUCUGAAGAAGAUCCCAGUGGAUUUGGGUUCCCGCCUGCCAGCAGUCACUUUGAGUCCAAGGCAAAGCCAGCCCAGCCACAGACAACUGGGGACAAGCAGGAGUGUGAUAAAUCAAAAGCUCUCUCCCUCGAGGAGUCAGUGGCUUCCAUUCAGCAGCUCUUCCAGCUCAGUGUUGCUAUUGCCUUCAACUUCCUGGGGACAGAGAGCAUGAGGAACGGGGACUACCCAACAGCCUUCUCUUACUUCCAAAAAGCGGCCGGCCGUGGCUACAGCAAAGCACAGUACAACACGGGCUUGUGUCACGAGUAUGGCAGAGGCACACCCCGAGACCUCAGCAAGGCAAUCCUCUGCUACCAGCUGGCGGCUGGCCAGGGCCAUGGCCUGGCGCAGUAUCGCUACGCCAGGUGCCUGCUGCAAGACCUCGCCUCCUCGGAGGGCCCCGGCCGCCAGAGGGCAGUGUCCGUGCUGAAGCAGGCUGCCGACGCGGGCUUGAGGGAGGCCCAAGCUUUCCUCGGGGUGCUUCUCACCAAGGAGGCAUACCUGGAUGAGCUGAGAGCUGUGAAAUACCUCUGGCUUGCAGCCAACAGUGGGGACCCACAGAGCAGAUACCACUUAGGAAUUUGCUACGAGAAGGGCGUUGGAGUGCAGAGGAAUCUGGGAGAGGCCGUGAGGUGCUACCAGCAGGCGGCAGCGCUGGGGAACAAGCCCGCCCAGGAGAGGCUGCGGACCCUCUUCUCAACAGAGGCAUCUGCCCUUGGGCCCAGCGAGCUGGCCGUGGCAGGACUGAAGUCCUUCUCCAGCCCCUCCCUCUGCAGUCUGAACACCUUGCUGGCAGGAGCCUCACACCUCCCCCAUGCCCGGAGCACCGGGAACCUUGGGCUCCUCUGCAGAAGUGGGCGCCUGGGACCCAGCCCCGGCGCCAGGAGCACUGGUGACCCACUGCACUCGCAGUCCUUGGAAAGGGGUCUAGUCGGACUGGGUUUGGGCUAAGUGGGUUCAUGCCCCUCUUCCCUUCCCUGUUGGAAUGGAAGGAAGGAGCUACCGAAAUACCUGGAUGUGCCUACGUGGGUGUUUCGGACCUUCACCCUUGGAGCUUGAAGCUGGAACCUGAGGUGCUCAGAGAGUUGGCACCCAUUUGGGGUCCCACAGAAACGGCCAGUUUUCCACCCCCCUCCCCAAAGAGCCUUGAGUUCCUGCCACAGCACAGUGAGGAGAGGAAAGCGUGUGCAGAGCCAGGCUCCAGUCCUGGCCCAGCCCCUUGCCUGCCGCGCCCGCCCCUCGACGCACCAACCCGACUCACUGCACUCUUGCCCCAGCUGUAGACCAGGAGCAGUGGAGUGUGCCCUCCUGCCUUACAGAGCCGAUGGCGACUGAGGUUGAACAUGACUGUCACAGCAGUUCCCUACAGAGAGGGCCUUGUCUGGUGCUCUCUCAGGCCUGGGGAGGCAGGCCGGGGCAACACAGCUCUCUGAGCCACCAGGCUGGGAGGAGGACCCUGCGUCCUGAGUCCUGGAUGGCCUUGAGAUGGAUCUACCACCGUGAGCUGGGGCUCCUGGCUCCUUGGGGCGGGAGAGGCAGUUCUGAGGCCCUCUUUUGGGAAGGGCGUGUUUAAUAAAAUUGCUAUCGGAUUA